UAUCAUAUGAGACAGCUUUCAAAAUGAGUAAACAACCUUCAAGAAAUAAAAAGCGAUCAUUUGAAACAUCUGAAGAAGCAGACAAUUCUUUCGUCAAAAAAGUAAAGAGAACAGUAUCGCAUUUACUGCCUGAGACCAUAACGAAGUGGUUUAGUAGUACUCCUAGUAGUUCCAAUGCAAAUGGUCCUAAAGCAACAGCUGAUGACACAGACUCAUCGACAGAGGAUGAGGCGCCACAGCGUCCCAGAGUAAGACUACCUCCAGCUAAACGGAUGCGGUACAGUCCUGGAUAUUAUAAUUACUAUUCUGGUUCAGAGAUAACUACCACUGAAUAUAGAGAAAUUACAGAACCUUAUACUUCAUACAAUACCAUACAAACACCACCAAGGAAGAGUUCGUCAACAAGAGAUGCUGCUUUUAUACCUACACCUCAGACUUCACCAAAUGAAGAGGUGAAAAAUGAAAGUGAUGAAAGUGAUAAUAACAUGAUUCCAUUGUAUUCUGAAGCUGUUUAUGAGGUUCCAAAGAAAAGAAAAUCGUUAUUUAAUAUUCCAGAGUCUGAAUUCAUGAAAUCCUGUCGUAGAACAGCACUUAAUGCAAGUCUUGAUCUUACACUACCAUAUUAUAAACCAAGUCUGUUGGUAUCUUCGUUUUACUGUGGAAGAACUGCUUAUGGCGGUGCAGCCUCUCACUAUGUUAACCAACCUAAUAUUAAACGGAAGAAGACUACCCUUGUAAAUCAAACAACCAAUAGUGAUAACUCCACAAUGAGUCAUUCAGCCAGGCGUGUUAUGGAUUUACUCGAGCAAUGUACAUCUCCGCUGAAAGAAGCUCAAAGGAUACCAACAUAUAAAAGGAAUGCCACACAGAAACCAUCAAGUAACACUUCAUUAAACUCUAGUUGCACAAACAACAAAACACUGUCUUACAAAACUCAAGAAUUGCAUGUGCCUGCUAUUGCUUCUGUAUUACACUUAAGAAAACGUUCUCGCCUUAUGGAUACAACAAAUGCAGCGAGGCAGAUAAUUGCAUCACAUAGCAGUGCUUCUUCAGACUACCAAGUUUACAAUCAGGAUCAAACAGAUUACCAAAGAGAUCAAAAUGGCGUAGAUAACUCCAAGAGAAUAACUAAAAUGAAAUCAAGACUAACCAAACCUAAAGGAAGAGGACGUGAUGAAACAGAUUAUACAAUAGAACCACCUCUGAGCUUGCCAAAAGCGUUCUUGCGAAUUGAUCAUGACAAUUUACCAAAGUUUACAUUUGAUGAUUCAAAUUAUAAACCAUCAGCUGUUUCUACUCCUAAAUCGGGAUUAACAUCUGUAGCAAUCAGUAGGUCAGAUUCACAUUCCGGUAUAAAAGCAUCUGAAGAUAAAAGAAGUAAGCCUGAAAAUGUUUCUGGUAGUAAUGCUUUCAAAUUCUCAAUUCCCGUAAUGAUAUCGCCGAAUUUAUCGGAACCCACAUCCACAAUCCCUAAAUUCACAUUUGGUAGUCCAGAACGUGGCAUAGAUAGAGUAACUGUAGAUGAAAUGAAAAAUAUAGAUUCUUCUAUUUUAGGUGCAUCAAAAGAAGAAAGUAAUGCCGUUUCAGCUAAACCUAAAGAUUGGCAAUGCCCUGACUGUUGGGUUUCCAACAAGACCAAUGUUGGGAAGUGUGUGUGUUGUGGUUAUAAGAAACCUACAGAAAUAGAGGUUAAACAGAAUAAAUGUUCUGUAUGUAAUGUUGCCGAUAAACUAGCAAAUAAAGACAAAUGCAUGAAAUGCCAAAAUAUGUCAACUAAUUGUUCUGAUACACAAUUAACCUUAAAAGCUAAUAAUAAUACUAUUAAAAACAAGUGUCCCGAUUGUGGCGUUUAUUAUGAGUCGAAUGUUGAGAAAUGUGUACAGAAAUGUCUUAGCUGUGGGGCUUUAAAUUCCAAGAAAAUUGAAGGACAAUUGCUGGUACCAAGUUCUACGGUGAAAAGCAAUGAUUGGACAUGUGAUGAUUGCUGGAUAAAGAACAAAAGUAGUGUGGAUAAGUGCGCCGCAUGUGGGGGUGCAAAGCCAGGGGCGAAGCAAAAUAGCACUCCUGCAUUAAAGUCAGAUGCUUUAACAUUAGCAUUCAAGCCAUUAGAAAAAAAUAAUGUAGGCAGUAAUAUUGAAAAAUCACAAUCUGAAAAGUGGGAAUGUAACAUCUGUUUGGUAUACAAUGACAGUAAUAGAAGUAAAUGUGUUUGCUGUGAAUCUGAGAGACCUGGCACGGUGAACCAAAUUGCAAAAUUCAAUUUUGGUGUAAAUAAAAAUACAUUUAAGUUUGGUAUCAAUCCAAAUUUUCAAGCAGUUAAUAUUCCCAAACAAGAUGAUAAAGGUAAAGAAGAAUCAGAAACAAAUAAUAAUGUUUUGUCCAAAACUCCCACUUUCACAUUCGGAAUACCGCCUCAAACAGAAAAGGACAAGAUUAAAGAUAAAAACACUGAACAGAAAGUCAAUGAAGGCCCUAAAUUUUCAUUUGGUAUACCAACUGCCACAAAAAUUGCAGGUUCUUUGAAUAUUGCCAAUGUAAGCAAAUUGCCUGAUCCUGUUCAGAAUGUUGAAGAAAAAGAGAAAUUACAAGAAGUUCCAAGAGUUGAACUUAUACUCUCAGCUCAACCUGUCGAGAAACCAUUAGCUACUCCAAUAUUUGGUUCCAUAUUAAACACGGACGAAACUCCGACAGACAAGACGUUACGUCUAAUUCCUGAAGAGAACAAAGGUAUACCUGAUACAUCGCUGAGUUUGCAGAAGGGUGUGACAGUUAGUGACAUAACUCAGCCCCCAAAAAAAUUUUCAUUCACUGGGUCUACAACAGGGACUAUGCCAGCAGUUAAUUUAUGUGUUCCAUCAGAACUUACAGCCACUACUACUGUGUCAUUUCCAUCAUCUUUGCAGAUGCCUCCAGUGACAUCUACAGUAAAUAUAUUUCAAAAGCCUGCACCCAGUCUAGAUCCUACUUCACUUCCAUUAUUCCAGAAGAAUGAACCACAAUCUAAUUCAUCUGUGUCAUUAUUCCAAAAACCAGAGCCAGUUUCGACAGCUGCUCCUCCGCCAUCUAUUGCUACUACAGCAUCAUUGUGGACUCUCGGGGCUAACUCAAAACCAAGUGUGCCACAGUCCGAAAAUCCGAAAUAUAACUUUAACUUCGGUACUGUCAGUAAUUCCAAUGAGGCAAGCCCAUUUCAAUUUAAAUUACAAGCAUUUGCUGGAUCUUCUGAAAAUGCCAGUCCUAACAAGUUUACGUUUUCUGGUGGAACCAAUAAUCCAUUGUCUAGUAAUCCACUAGGUAGUGGCAAUGUCUUAACUGGAGCAAGCACCCUGGGCAACACAUUGACUGCAGGCAAUGCUCUAUCUAGUGGCAAUUUACCUGGUAGCAGCAAAACACCUGCUAAUCCUUUAUCUACUGGCAAUGAUGUACAAAGUACUGAGGCUUUGUCAACAGGAUCACAGAGCUUAUUUGGUGCACCAGUACAGAAAGAAAGAAACAUUUGGCCUACAGCUAAUAGUACUAGCUCUAACUUGUUUUCAUCAAAUGCUGUGUCCAAUCCCAGUAGUUCUCAAAAACCAGCAGCAUUUACCUUUGGAACUACCUCGCCUUUCAAUAACAAUGCUAAUAACAAUGCAGCUACUGGUUUCGGAAACGUCACGCAAUCUGCACAAAUAUUUAUGUCAAACCAGAGCACAAAUAACCAGCAGUCGAUAUUUUCGACCCCGGCAAAGCCUCCACAAAGUAUAUUCGGUACUCCACAAGCGUCAAGUAGUCCGACGCCGUCGCUGGGAAUGUUUGGUGCUCCAAAUGUAGGUUCAGCCCCAACUUUCGGAACAUCUAAUCCUUCAAUCCCGUCAUUUGAAGCACCUUCGCUAACGCCGGCGUCAGCACCAACGUUUAAUUUUGGAUCAUCACAAAAUUCUGGAAUUUUCGGAUUUGGACAGCAACAACAGUCGCUUGCGCCACAGCAGCCAGCAAUGCAACCAGCGGGGAUGUACAAUUUCGGCGCAGGAGCGGGCGGUGCCCCCCAAGUACAGUUUAAUAUGGGUAGCUCCCCUAAUGCCGUUGGUCGACGUGUUCGCAAAGCUAUACGCAGGAAUCCCCAACGAUGAAUGUAAUCUAGGCGAUAACAAGAUACUGUCUUCACUGAGCCACUGUGACGGCGGAACUACUCUGUAAGUGACUUAUAUGUAGCUAAAUAUUAACCAAUGUAAACCGAAAUGGAUGGCGACACUCGAACAUCCCUUCCGGUAAAGUAUGUCGUAAGGCUAGCUAAUAAAUUGUUAGAUGUGUAAACAAUAGACCUGUCUAAGUAUUGACUUCUU